GAAAAAAAAGAAGAGCUGUAACACCUUUUGUCUUCUGCCUUCUCCCUCCCUCCUCACUGUCCUCCCCACACAGAGCUACUCCACCUCUGAUCUGCUUUGGUGUGACAUCCUUGCCUGCCUGAGGGAGGAAUGAUGUAAAGGGACUGCAGUUGCAGACAAGUGACACACACAAGUCACAAGCCUCUGUAAGUACCAGAUCUUCACAGGACUCAAGCCAAAGCCAUGGCACUAUCGCUGGAAGAAUUCGUCCACUCGCUUGACCUCAGGACCCUCCCCAGGGUCCUUGAAAUCCAGUCAGGCAUCUAUUUUGAAGGCUCAAUUUAUGAAAUGUUUGGAAAUGAAUGCUGUUUGUCAACAGGAGAAGUAAUUAAAAUUAUUGGCCUCAAAAUUAAGAAGAUCAUAGCUGAAAUUUGUGAAGACGUUGAAGGUUGUCAGUCUUCACAACCAUUUGAGCUGCCUAUGAAUUUUCCAGGUCUUUUUAAGAUUGUGGCUGAUAAAACUCCAUACCUCACCAUGGAAGAAAUUAUAAGAACCAUUCAUAUUGGACCAAGCAGACUAGGACAUCCUUGCUUCUAUCAUCAGAAGGAUAUAAAACUAGGGAAUUUCCUCAUAAAGCAGGGUGAACAAAUCAUGCUCAAUUCAGUUGAAGAGAUCAACGGGGAAAUGAUGGUGAACUGUGGAGUAAUCCGGGAUCAUCAAAAUCACUCAUUUACUUUGCCUUUCUCACAAGAAGGAGAAUUCUAUGAGUGUGAAGAUGAACAUAUUUAUACGCUAAAGGAGAUCGUUGAAUGGAAGAUCCCCAAGAACAGAACACGAACUGUGAAACUUACUGAUUUUUCAAUUAAGUGGGAUUCAACAAAUCCGUUCCCGAAAGGCUUUUAUGGCUCUUUGAUUCUAAAGCCUGUUUAUGAAAUUCAAGGUGUGAUGAAAUUCCGAAAGGAUAUAGUCCGCAUCCUCCCCAGUUUAGAUGUUGAAGUCAAAGACAUUACUGAUUGUUAUGAUGCUAACUGGUUUCUUCAGCUGUUAUCUACAGAAGAUCUUUUUGAAAUGACCAGUAAAGAGUUUCCCAUAGUGGCUGAAGUCAUAGAAGGACCUCAAGGAAAGCAGCUUCCCAGAAACAUUUUACAGCCUGGGAAAACCAUUGUGAUCCACAAAAAGUACCAGGCAUCGAGGAUCUUGGCUUCAGAAAUUAGAAGCAAUUUUCCUAAAAGACACUUCUUGAUCCCCACUAGCUAUAAAGGCAAAUUCAAGCGGAGACCUCGGGAGUUUCCGACUGCCUAUGACCUAGAGAUAGCUAAGAGUGAAAAGGAGUCUCUCCACGUGGUAGCCACCAAAGCCUUUCAUCCCCCUUAUGAGGAGUUGUCAUCUGUAUCAGUUGGGGACCAGUUUCUAGUGCAUCACUCACAGACUACUGAAGUCCUCUGUGAAGGAAUAAAAAAAGUGGUGAAUGUUCUGGCCUGUGAAAAAAUCCUCAAAAAGUCCUAUGAGGCAGCCUUGCUGCCUUUGUACAUGGAAGGAGGUUUCGUAGAGGUGAUUCAUGAUAAGAAACAGUACCAGGUUUCUGAGCUCUGUACACAGUUCCACUUGCCCUUCAAUGUGAAGGUGUCUGUGAGAGAUCUUUCUAUUGAAGAAGAUAUUUUGGCUGCUACACCAGGACUGCGGUUGGAGGAAGGUAUCACAGAUUCUUAUCUACUCAUAAGUGACGUUGCCAAUCCCAGGGAGUGCUGGGAAAUUCCUAUCGGCCGCUUGAAUAUGACUGUUCAGUUAGUUAGUAAUUUGUUUAGGGAACCAGAAUCGUUUCUAGUCAGGACUCUGAUAGAAGAGAUCAGCGAAGAACAAUAUUACAUGAUGAGAAGGUAUGAAAGCUCUUUCUUACAUCCCCCACCCCGCCCUCCCAAACAUCCCUCAGUGGUGGAAACAAAGUCAACUCUGCUAACUCAAACAGAACAAAGGACAGUGGAUCUGCCUAAAUCUCCCAAGGCUUCGCAUGCAUGUGAGGCAAUUGAAAAAGAUCAUGGCUCGGGUGAGGUGCAGUGAUUUAAGAGCUUGGCUGCUAACCAAAAGGUCGGCAGUUCAAAUCUACCAGCUGCUCCUUGGAAACCCUAUAGGGGAGUCCUACCCUGACCUAUAGGGUUGCUAUGAAUUGGAAUUGACUGGAUGGCAACAGGUUUGUUGUUUUUUAUUUUUGGGUCAGGUGCACCUUAGUUUCAAAGUGACACCGUUGCUUAAAGAAGGUUCUAAAGAGGUCUCUUGCAAUAGAUUUGCCCAAGGCAACAUGUUGUUUGAUUUCCUGACUGCUCCUUCUACAGGCGCAUUUAAGAUAUUUGCCAUGAACCAAUUACAUUUUAGAUUUGAUAAGAAGAGAAAAAAAAGAGGAUAGUCUAUAAAAUCAGCAGGCUAUCAACUACAAAACCAGCCAAAUAGGAAUCAAUUGGUGGAUAAAAAGCCAUAAGAACUAUAGAUAAUUCUAUACGCCCCACAUUUUAAUAAAUCCGUUGUUAUUUAUACAGACACAAAACUGAAAAGGGCUGAUUGUAAGCUAUGGAGUUAUACAAUAUAUACAAAACAAAUACCUGUUCUCUUAGUGUAUCUGAAGAGAUAAGAAUGCUCUUCUAACUUGUGACAUUACGCCCAUUUAGAUCACUGAACGUUAUGUACAAUUUGUCCUCAGUAAAAUUUUGUUGUCGUUAUCAAAUAUUUUACAAAUCCUAAUUAAUUUUUUUUAAGUGCCCGGUUGUCACUUGUAAAACAGAAUAAAACACAAAGUCAUGUGAGCUGUCAAUUGUUAUCCAAGGUAUUUUUCUUUUCAUCGGCUCUGGUUCCAGCUUAUCUUCUGUACUCACUUAUGCAUUUCCCAUCAUAUUAGACUAUUUCCCCAGCACGUAGACUGUCAGGCAUCCCACGUUAAAUAAAAUAUCCUAAGAUCUGUGUUCUAGGCUGAUCUCAACCUUCUGUAACAAGAGCAACAGUGGGCCGUUACUGAGCUCUUCCGCUGUCGCUGGUGCUGUGCUAGAUGCUUACAUGUAUUAUCAUUUUAUUCAGUUCUCCACACAGCUCAGUUGGCACUAUUAUUAUCCCAGUUUGGCAGAUGAGAUAACUGAGGCUGAGGUAUGUCUUGUGUCAUGGUCACCAGUGAUUCCAGAUCGCCAAAUCUUAUGGUCAAUCCUCAGUCCUCAGAUAAUUUGUAUACUAAAUUGGAAAUGGCUCAGUCAAACUUUCCUAUUUUUUUGAAAUACUUUCUUUGUCUUCUGGAACUUCAAGCCCUUCUGCUUUCCUCAUACUGCAGGGCUUGCAGUUUCUCUGCCUUUUUCUUGCUGGCUUUUCCUCAGGUUUUCUUUAACACUAAAUGUCUAAUUGCCUUAGAGCUCAAUCCUCAAUUUCUUCUCUAUCGAUACUCCCUUCUUAAAUUCUUAUCCAUACUUACAGACUCUGCUUCUUUAAAAAAAAUCUUUGCAUUUGCUUCCUUAGUGUUUAGUAAAGUUACUGGUGCAUAGCAGUCAAUCAAUAAAUGUUUAAGGAAGAAAGAAAGGAAAGAAAUGAGAUAGGAAGGGAGGGAGGGAGGAAAUUCAUUUAUUUACUUAUUUAUUUCUAAAUCAAUUCUGAUGCAUUCUAUAUAUUAAAAAGUGUCUAUAAUUUUGUUAUGUUUUGAAUAAGUAUUUCCAGACUACUGAUUCUUUUCUACUUAUUUAUUUACUAGACAUACUCAUAAAACCUACUCGUUGCCGUCAAGUCAAUUCUGACUCAUAGCGACCCUAUAGGACAGAUUAUAACUUCCUCAUAGGGUUUCCAAGAAGUAGCUGGUAGAUUCGAGCCGCCAACCUUCUGGUUAGCAGCCAAGCUCUUAACCACUGCACCACCAGGGAUCCUACUAGGUAUACAGAAGCAUUAAAUUUCUAUGAGCCAAAUCUGUUUAUCUUUUCUUCUAUGCUUAUUUCCAUUACUUUUAAAUUUAUACCCACUCUUUAUUUUUUUUAUUUUAGUGAUCUAUAGGGUCGCUAUGAGUCAGAAUCAACUCGACAGCAGUGGGUUUUUUUGAGGGAGUUCUAGUGAUCUCAUGAGUCAGAAUCGACGCGACGGCAGUGGGUGGGUUGGAGUGAUCUCAUACAUGUUUGAUUCUAUUUGUUUUCCUUAUUAAGUGCCAUCAAGUCUGUUCCAACUCAUAGUGACCCUAUGCACAACAGAAUGAAACACUGCCUGGUUCUGUGCCAUCCUCUCAAUCUUUGUUAUGCUCAACCCAUUGUUGGGGCCACUGUGCCAUCUUGUUGAAGAUCUUCCUCUUUUUCAGGGACCCUCUGCUUUAUGAAGCAUCAUGUCUUUCUCCAGGGACUGAUCUCUCUAGAUAACAUGCCCAAAGCGUGUGAGACAGUCUUACCAUUAUUGCGUCUACUUGUACUUCUUCCAAGACAGAUUUAUUCGUUCUUCUGGCAGUCCAUGGUAUAUUCAAUAUUCUUUGCCAACACCACAACUCAAAGGUGUCAGUUCUUCUUCAGUCUUCCUCAUUCAUUGUCCAUCUUUCACAUGCAUACGAGGCUAUUGAAAACGCCAUGGCUUGGGUCAGGUGCAUCUUAGACCUUAAAGUGACAUCUUUGCUUUCUAAUACUUUAAAGAGGUCUCUUGCAGCUGAUUUACCCAAUGCAAUGGGUCAUUUGAUUUCUUAAGUGCUGCUACCAUAGGUAUUGAUUGUGGAUCCAAGUAAAAUAAAAUCCUUGAAAACUUCAAUCUUUUCUCCGUUUAUCAUGAUGUUGCUCAUUGGUCUAGUUGUGAGGAUUUUUGUUUUCUUUAUAUUGAGGUGCAAUCCAUACUGAAGGCUGUUGUGGUCUUUGAUCUCCAUUAGUAAGUGCUUCAAGUCCCCUUCACUUUCAGCAAGCAAGGUUGUGUCAUCUGCAUAUCGCAGGUUGUUAAUGAGUCUUCCUCCAAUCCUGAUGUCCCAUUCUUCUUCUUAGAGUCUAGCUUCUCAGAUUUUUUGCUCAGCGUACGGAUUUAGUACCCCGAAAAAACAAAACAAAACCCACUGCCGUCGAAUUGAUUCCAACUCAUAGCGACCCUAUAAGACAGAUUAGAACUGCCCAAUACAGUUUCCAAGGAGUGCCUGGCGAAUUCGUACUGCUGACCUGUCGGUUAGCAGUCAUAGCACUUAACCACGAUGCCACCAGGGUUUCCACAGAUUGAGUAGGCAUGGCGAAAGAAUAUAACCCUGAAGCACACCUUCCCUGCCUUUAUCCCACACGGUAUCCCCUUGUUCUGUUCAAAGGACUGUCUCUUGAUCUAUGUACAGAUUCUUCAUGGGCACAAUUAAGUUUUCUGGAAUUCCCAUUCUUCCCAAUGUUAUCAAUAAUUUGUUCUGAUCUUUACAGUUGAAUGCCUUUGCAUCGUCAAUAAAACACAGGUAAACAUCUUUCUAGUAUUCCCUGCUUUCAGCCAGGAUCCAUCUGACAUCAGCGUUGAUGUUCCUGAUUCUAUGUCCUCUUCUGAAUCCAGCUUGAAUUUCUGGUAGCUCCCAGUCGAUGUACUGCUACACAAUUCUAUUUACUUCUUGUUAUUUUUGUAUACUACAUAUUUUUACAUAUACUAUUGAAUUUAAAAAUAUAAAAAAUUUUUUUAAUUUACUUAGUAUUUAUUAUGAAAGGUGACACCAAAAUAUCUCUAUAGUAUUGAUGCAGUAAUUCUUCUCAAUUUUAUGACACUUUAUCAUAAAACAAAUUUCCUUAUAUAAAAAUCUGUUUCUUGAAUAGUCAUUCUUCUCCAGGGAUCUUUCAGUUUAUUUUUGAAGUAAGAUCACACUUGUAAAAUAAGAUGUAUUUUUAUGUGUUUAUAUAUAUACUUUUUAAAUGUUUUUAAGAGUAAAAAAAAAAAAAAUUUUUUAGAGUAAGGCAUGCUAAUUCAGAAAAUAGAGAAAAACAAGAAAAUAAAAUCACCAGUAAUCUUAUCACAUUAAUAUUUUGUUCUAUAACUUUCCAUUAUUUAAACACAUAGAAGGAGCCCUGCUGCCACAAUGGUUAAGUGCUUGGCUGCUAACCCAAAGUUUGGCAGUUCGAACCCACCCAACAACUCUGCAGGAUAAAGACCUGGCAAUCUGCUUUCAUAAAGAUUAUAAGCAAGGUCUUUGAAGCUCCAUAGACACAUCCACACUCCCUGAGGGACCAAAUUACUGGGCUGAGGCCUGUGGGGAUCAUGGUCUUGGGGAACAUCUAGCUCAAUUAGCAUAACAUAGUUUAUAAAGAAAAUGUUCUGCAUUCUAUUUUGGUGAGUAGCUUCUGGGGUCUUAAAAGCUUUUGAGUGGCCAUCUAAGAUACUCCACUGGGAGAAUGAAGAAAACUAAAUACAAAAGGGAAAGAUUAGUCUGAAAAACUACUGGGCCAUGACUACCACAGCCUCCACCAAACUGAGUCCAGCACAACUAGAUGGUUCCCAGCUACCACCACUGACUUUUUUCUGACAGGGAUCCCAAUAGAGGGUCCCCAACAGAGCUGGAGAAAAAUGUAGAACAAAAUUCUAAUACACAAAAAAGACCAGACUUAACUGCCUGACAGAGACUGGAGAAGCCCCGAGAGUAGGGACCCCAAACACUCUUUUAGCUCAGUAAUGAAGUUGCUCCUGAUGUUCACCCUUCAGCCAAAGAUUAGACAGCCCAUAAAACAAAACAAGACUAAAGGGGCACCCAACCCCAGGGGCAAGGAUUAGAAGGCAGGAAGAGACAGGUAAGCUGGUAAUAAGGAAGCCAACAUCGACAAAUGAGAGUGUUAACAUGUUGUGGGGUUGGUAACCAAAGCUACAAAACAGUAUGUAUACUAAUUGUUUAAUGAGAAGCUAGUUAGUUCUAUAAAUGUUCAUCUAAAGUACAAUUAAAUUUUAUAAAGGGGGGAAGAAAAAGAAUCUAAAGAAGUUACUUAAAAUUUUCAGUUGUAAUGUAUUUUUAUAGGAAAUUGUAUGGAAUAAUAGUUUUUGUGAAUUUAGAAAUUAAUUAAUCACUUUGGAUUAAAAAGAAAAAAAAGACUACAGCCAAGAAAUCCCCAUGGGGCAGUUCUACUCUGACUCAUGGGGUUGCUAUGAGUUGGAACAACAACAAAGUACUCAUUUAACCUUACAGGCAUGCAUAUAUGUAAGAUUUUGUAUUUAUCCAUCAUCUUUGAUAAAUAGAUGCGUGCAUAUACAUGCAUGUAUUCACAGGCAUGUGCUAUAAAAGCAUGCUAAAUUUGACUCUUAGUCCUGGAAUUACACCAGAGAACAAAAACCUGAAAAUUAAAUGAGGGCUCAUGAAUCCCCACAUUCUAAAAUGAAUUGCCGGACUAUUUAUGCAAGACUUGGAAGGUGAAGACCCUACAACUGGUGUUAGCAACUUUAGUCAGGUUCGCAUCCUGUAUGUCAGGGGAGAAUAUUCUUUGAGUGCAGGGGCACGCUUUCUCACCUCGGGUCAAAUAAGAGAGAAUUUGAGAAGCUGACAAGGUGAUGAAAGAAGAUGUUUUUGCAGAGAGUUAACCAUUUUUUUAUCCUUCUGUUUUUUUUUCUCAUCAUUAUGGAAGAAAGAAGUUGGGUCCUUCUCUCUCACCUCAAGUAAUGUGAUAGAAUAUUCAAGUGAUACAUUUGAAGAACUUGCCAUUGGGCUCUGAGAAUUUGGGCAAAAUAAGAGCUGACGUUCGACCCAUAUUUACAUAGAUUCUGUGCAAGAGGUUGCAACUGAAGCUUUCUCAUGUCUGGAAUAAGCUAUAUUGAGAAUAAACUGUACUUUAAUCCGUGUGGCUUCUUUGUAGACAAGAGGUGAACUUGAGAGAGGGGAAGAGGUCUUGACCAAUAGGUGGUACAUUUCCUGAAGUCCUGGAGCUGAGGGUGAUAUUUGUUGAUGGCUGGACUUACACAAGAAGGAUAGCUUGGGGUUCCUGAUGAAGUGACCUACAAGGAAUCUGCAGAAGUAUUCCAUGAAUGAACAAGUCAGUUUUACAUUCAGCCAAUAAGGCCGAUGGUCAUAUUAAAAAAAAAUACAGAAAUAUAAAUCCCCAAGAUUGUGUGUUCUUUCCCUUUAUUCCCUUUACACCACAGGCUCUGUGUUAGAAAAAAAAAAGUUAGAGGAGUCAAAAAGAGAUGUUAGUGAGUGGAGGAAGGAGAUGGAAAGAGCUAAUAGUUAAGGAGUUGACCCUGAGGCAGUAGCAUCCCUACCAUGUUCAAGAAUCAGCUAGAAGAUGAGUGUGACUGGGGUAUAGUGAGCAAACGAGUCAAAAAGAUACAAAAACAGAGAGGAAAUGUUACCCAAAGCAGGUCCUGCUCAGUGUGGCUUCUCGUCAAUAAAGACACAUGGAGGAGAGCAGGGAUGAGGAGCGUUUGCUUGCGUAGGCAAGGAGCAAGGAAGUGUAUACCUAAAAUGAGCUCCCCCCCCACAAAAGGAGGCAGAACCUUUUAUAACAUCUCUCACCAGGAAGUACAUACAAACAUUAUGGACUGCACAGGUUAUCACGGGGUGUAGUAAGACAAAUUGCAUUGUUUUCUUUGACAUGUAGGCUAGUAAAUUGGGAUUGACUAGUUUGAGCCACACCCAGGGCUUUGAGGGCAAUGGACAGGAGGGGGCAGGUUCCCCUUGGUCUGAGCAGCUGCCAGUUGAGCCCCACCCAGCACUGUCACUUAAGGUUUUGUUUUGUAAUGGCUAAGUGGCUCCUGGCUGCGUUGGCUAUCAGAGAUGAGGGACAGGGAACAGGUUGUAUAGGAGUUUGUCUGUCAUUGUGGUUUUCGAUUAACAUUUCAUAAAACUUGAAGCAAUUACAUGAUUUGGGUGAAGAAAUGCCAUGAACUGAUUUAUGAUUUAAAGGGUUGAUUCUGGCUAAUGUAUUGCAAUUAGACAAUAGAGGAGAAAGAAUGGAAACAGAAAGACCAGUUAGCAUCUACCUGUUGCUGCUAAGGACCAGGAGAAUAGCAAUGAAGACAAUGAGAAAUGGUUAAUUCUAUUUAUAUUUUGAGUGCAAACAAAAAAGUAUGCUUUCUGGAUUAAUUUUUUUCCUGUAAGUUUCAAUAAGGAAUCUUCAUUUUAUAACUUCUCUACUGUUGACUUUCAGUAUUCCUACCUGAGUUCUCCUAUUGACAGAAUUGCCUUCUCUUUGUUUUUAAGAAGAUGCAAUUCUCUUUAGAAAACGUUGAAAGUUUAAUCUAGAGCUUGAUAGCUCUGGUAGGAAAAAGCAAACAAAUAAAUGAAUAAAAACAACAUUAUUUAGAAAUUAAGAAAAUAUUGUUUUUGUCCUGGUUCUACUAAUUUACUGUGUAACCUGGGAUGAUCUUAGUGUCUACCUUAGUUACUGUUAUGGACUGAAUUGUGUCUCCCAAAAAUAUGUGUUGUAAAUCCUAACCUCUAUGCCUUUGGUUAUAAUCCCUUUUGGGAAUGGGUUUUCUUUGUUAUGUUAAUGAGGCAGGAUUAGUGUAGGGUGUAUCUUGAAUCAAUCUCAUUUGAAAUAUAGAAGAGAUUAAAACGAGCAAGUGAAGAAGCAGAGAUGGGGGAAGAGAGGUACUAAGCCACAUGAAGAUGGCCUAGGAGCAGAAGCUCAAAAGAGACAAGGACUUUCCUCCACAGCAGAGAGAGAAAGCCUUCCCUUAGAGCUGGCACCCUGAAUUCGGACUUCUUGCCUUCUAAACUGUGAGAAAAUAAAUCUUUGUUAAAGCCACCCAAUUGCUAUAGCAGCACUAGAUAGCUAAGACAGUUACCUAGUGCUACCAAAACAAGAAUACUACAAACGGGUGGCUUUAAAGAACAGAAAUUUAUUAUCUCAAAGUUUUGGAGGCUAGAAGUCCAAAUCAGGGCAUCAGCUCAAGGGGAGAGUCCCUCCUUGGUAUUCCUUGGCUUGUAGAUAGUUCUACACAUGGUCUCUUCCACCUGUGUAUGUCUCUCUCUGAGUCUGUUUUCCCUUCUUAUAAAACACCACACAAAAGGAAUUAGGUUUAGGCCACAACAUAAUCCAGUAUGACCUCAUUAACAUUACAAAACAAAAACCCUUACUUCUGAACAGAAUCACAUUCACAGGUACAGGGGUUAGGAUUUCAAUAUACUUUUUAGGGGGGCGGGCAGAAUUUAAUUCAUAACAGUGCCCUUGUCUAUUAAAUUAGGAGAUUAGAGGAAAGGAUCAGUACUACAUCUUCCAGUUUAAAUAUUCCACCAAUCUAUGAUCUGUAUCUAUGCAUUGAAUGGUUAAGAGCUAAAAGAAACUAAAAAUCUUCAUCUGAGUUCCUUGAAAUACCAGCAAGCUUCUUUGCUAUAGCUAAAGAAUUUUGAAGAACAGGUAGUAUCACAAAAAUGAAGUUGUGGUAUUUUUUUGAGAAGCUGGUCUUUCUGGUGACAUGUCCCGUAAGUUUUUGUGUUCUUGGCACCCUGAGAGGCACCCUUAUCAGUAAUGUGUUGAUUGAACAGAAUCCACUUUUUCUUCUUUAUCCUGCAUUUAGUAGGAACUUGACUCCUGCUUUUAUCUUUUCUUAUUUUUUCUGAGAUGAUUUUCCCAGGAAUUACCUUUGUUCAGAGUCACCCCCCUCCCACCUUCUCCCCCUUCCCCUCCUCCCUCAUUUCUGUCCUGUACAUCCAGAACCUGAUUGCUGUGGUUGCCUCACUCCAUUGGUAUGCACGUGACAGUACCUCCACCCACCUUUUAAUCUAUUUUAUCUUAACAUUUCCAUUUAUUUGACAACCUUCUCUAGAUUCCUCUCCAGGGCUACCAACUCUGUCCCUUUGUUGCCUCCACCAGGACCCAUUUUUCAUGUGUAGCUUGUCCCUGUUCUCUUCCAGUGCACAGUGCAUCUGAGGGUAUGCAGUGGUACAGCCUGCUCCCUCCUGAAGCUAACUUAAUUUGUUUUCGAACAAAUAUAACAAUGUUGUUUUCCCCAUCUCCAGGGUGUUACAUUUGUGACUCCGAUUUCCAUUGAGACCAGAAUUAAGAUACUAAGAGGCAGUGGCAUGAAAGGCAGAAAUAGCUUGUUCUUGCAAAUGGAAAGAAAUUUACCCCCAUUUAACUAAAAGCACAAGGCCUUUCUAAUCAAACAUUUGACAUCAUGGCCAAGCCUGCAGAAAAGUGUACCUGUUCAGUUAUAAUUGGUUCUGCCCACAGAAGUAGAUUUCUCAUUGUCUGUACAGCUACAGGAAAUAUGGUUAAUAAAAGCACAUGUCAGCCUGACUGAAGCUUUUCUAUAAAUCCCUGCCAGACCACUCUGAGAAACUAUUAUUUCCCAUAAUGAAGACUAAAUUUCGAAUAAUGAUUAAAAGGUAAUCAGCCUUUAGGAGAGUGGUCCUGUAGAGGUAAGCAGUAAUUUAGAUUUGAUUGGCAAUAUAAGCUUGUCAGGGAGUAGUUCAAAAUGAUGAGCAUUUUAAGAAAGCCAGAAACACCAUCCAAAAUGAUGAUUCUCAGAAUUUUCCUAGUGUCAGAUUACUGGUAAAUGUCUUACAAAUUUCUAAAGUUGUGUCUUUCCUAGCAACUAUAAUAAGAAAACAGUGUUUUUCUGUGCUUCGUCUUAUUUGACCCAUAUAACACAACCUCGUGAAAUCGGUAUCAUUAUCACCAUGUUAUAGCUGAGGAAACUGCCUACAGCCCCAUAGUUAAGUCAGUGCCAGAGCAGACCUCUCUCCCUGUUCUCCUGCCUCCAGAACACAAGUGCUUCUUAUGACUCCAUGGAAAAAAUAAAAAGGUAAGGUUGAGUUCAAUUUUGAUUCAUGGUGACCCCAGGUAUGUCAGAGUAGAACCAUGCUCCAUAGGACUUCCAGUGACUUGUUUUUCGGAAGGAAAUUGCCAGGUCUUUCUUUCAAGGAGCAACUGGGUAGCAGUUGAGCACAUUAACUAUUUGCACCACUCAGGGACUCCCUGAAAGGUGGUAUGAGUGUCUUUUUUAACCAUCCUUCUCUUUUGGUUUUUUUAUGUAUGGGAUUCAUGCUUAUUGUUUCCAUCAUUAACAAAACAGAAUAAUAACUUCUUCACAGAGUGGUUGUGAUCAUAAAAUCCAAAGAAAUAACAUGUGCCCAAAGAAAUAGCUUAUGUAAAGAAGAAUCAAUAGUGCCUCAUCUAAAAGACUUCUAUUUUAGUUAGUAGUUUUAUAUGCAAAUUGCAAGAUCUGAAAUAAAGUUGUUUCUUCUAGGUGAAAAAUGUUUUGAUUGAACGUAUCAAUAACACAAAUUUGGAAGAAAGUACAUUUUUCUUUUAAAAAAAGGUAUUGCUGAUAUGCUGUUGGAAAGACAGGUAUUUUUAUAUUGUUUUUCUAUUUCAAUCUGCACCAGUUCAUCCAUUAUCUCUCACUGAAUCUACUAUUACCUAAUAAAGGUAUAAAUUUACCUAAAUUGAGAUGUAAUGUGGCCAACUGAGAUUAGAGGUGCUGCCUACAAAAGAAGAUAAAGCAGUGCUGUUGCCUCUGGGUCUACCCCUUAUCUAAAUCCUGCAAUUCUGUAUGCUAACCAGGGGAAACAUCGAGUAGCUAAAGUGAAAUGAAGAAGUGAUGAAGUAAAAGAGCUGAACAGAAGAUUUCAAAGGGCUGCUCGAGAAGACAAAGUAAAAUAUUGUAAUAACAUAUGCAAAGACCUGGAGAUAGAAAAACAAAAAAGAAGAACAUGCUUGGCAUUUCUCGAGCUGAAAAACUAAAGAAAAAAUUCAAGCCUCAAGUUGCAAUAGUGAAGGAUUCUACGGGGAAAAUAUUAAACAAUGCAGGAAGCAUCAGAAGAAGAUGGAAGGAAUACACAGAGUCACUAUACCAAAAAUAACUGGUUGACAUUCAACCAUCUCAGGAGGUAGCAUGUGAUAAGGAAGUGAUGGUACUGAAGGAGGGAGUCCAAGCUGCACUGAAGGCACUGGUGAAAAACAAGGUUCCAGGAAUUGACAGAGUACCAAUUGAGAUGUUUCAACAAAUGGAUGCAGCCACUGGAGGUGUUCACUCAUCAAUGCCAAGGAAUUUAGAAGACAGCUAUCUGGCCAACCGAACUGGAAGAGAUCCAUAUUUAUGCCUAUUCCCGAGAAAGGUGAUCCAACUGACUUUGAAAAUUAUUGAACAAUAUCAUUAAUAUCAUACACAAGUAAAAUUUUGCUGAAGAUCACUAAAAAGUGGCUGCAGCACUACAUCUACAAGGAACGGCCAGAAAUUUGAGCCAGAUUCAGAAGAGGAUGUGGAACCAGGGAUAUCAUACCUGAUGUCAGAUGGAUCUUGGCUAAAAGCAGAGAAUACCAGACAGAUGUUUACAGUGAUUUAUUGACUAUGAAAAGGCAUUCAACUGUGGAUCAUAACAAAUUAUGGAUAACACUGCAAAGAGUGGGAAUUCCAGAACAGGAACCUGUAUGUAUAUCAAGAGGCAGUCCUUUGAACACAACAAUGGGAUACUGAAUGGUUUCAAGUCAAGACAGGUGUGCAUCAAUCUGUAUAUAGCAAAUAUGACAUUUUGAAUGAGUGUGUGACAACCCUCAAAUUGCUCAAUAAGUCUUUUUCUACUGUUGGACAAUUGAACAAAUUUAGUGACGCUUUGGGAAAACAUUUGGAUUAUAUUCAGAAUUCAUCCAGGUUUAGUGUAAGCCUGAAUAUAGCUCUAGAACUUAUUUCUAACCUACAUGCUAAUUACAGUAAAUUGUUUACCAAACAACCUAUCAGUUGGUUGCAAUAUGAAGAUAUAGAAGAACAAAACAGCAAAAAAUUUGUUACCCAGGACCAUUAUUUUUAUUUAUUUAUUUAUUUUUUAUAGUCCCUUGAAAAGACACUUGGUGUUUUUUACCCCAUAUGAAUGGGGCUCUCAUGGCCUAGCCAGUGCUAAGAUUCUCUGUAAAUAGUAAACUUUCUGCUGUGUAAUCUAGAAACUUUGUGUUUUCUGUUAAAAUAUCUAUCAUCUAUCUAUCUAUCUAUCUAUCUAUCUAUCUAUCUAUCUAUCUAUCUAUCUAUCUAUCUAUCUAUCAUCUAUCUAUCUAUCUAUCUAUCUAUCUAUCUAUCUAUCUAUCUAUCUAUCUAUCUAUCCAUCCAUCUAUCAUCAUCUAUCUAUCUAUCUAUCUAUCUAUCUAUCUAUCUAUCAUCUACCUAUCUAUCUA